GGAUGCUGGACAGCCAUGCGGGAUUACAAAGUAAUCCCACACUCUCGCAUUGUGCAUGCGCAAAAUGAGGUGAGUGAGUGUCGGAAGGGGACUCAUCGACAAAUCGCCUUCAAUCUCUGCGUCUCCUCUCACUUCAAUUCUCCGGGGAUGAAUUGAUCAACUCAUCAAGGGCUGCUGGUGACCUCUGCAGUACAUAAAGCUGGCAAGGCGGCCGAGCCAAACCUUGAACUUUUUCCACCCAAAUAAACACAUGAAUGUGUCAUGCUGAACUACAUUCAGGGAGUUCUCAAAUACGGCCACAGCAAGACAUGUCCAUGACUGGGUUUCCAGCAGGAUGUCUAAAUGUGAGCUGAUUGAGUUAAAGGACCUCAGUGUAAAUGAUCCCAUCGAACUGGCGGCCGCCGAGCCGCGCGCCCCUCCGAGUCAGGUCGGGCAUUUCCACAUUGUCCGGCUGGUUGGGGACGUCGUCAGCAUCGAGGCCCCGUCCAGAGAAGCCGGUGUGGGUCACGACUUCCGGCCUUACGGUCACACUCAUCUUACCUGGUGUGACUUAUGUGGAGAAUUCAUCUGGGGUCUCUAUAAACAGGCUUUACGCUGCAUUAAUUGCAGCUACACUUGUCACCACAAAUGCCGACCGCUCAUCCAGCUAGACUGCAGCGCAGACGGAAGUUUGCCAGCAGGGCAGGCGGAUUUCUCAGUCGACUCCAUCGAGACGGACACCAACGUGGAUGAGCAGACGGACUGGCGCAAACAGGAGUUAAGUGUUGGUGAAGUUCAUCAGAAGGUCAAGGAGUACAAUGCUCAGAUUAACAGCAAUCUCUACAUGAUGGCGAAUAAAGAUGGCUCCUACACUGGUUUUAUUAAAGUCCACUUUCAGCUAAUCCGUCCCAUCACCCUGCCUCCUCCCGAGAGCCCAACAGAGGAGGAGCACCAGUACGGCCGGAGACUGACGCGACGGACAUCGUUCUACCUCCCCAAAGACGCUGCGAAGCACUUGCACAUAAGCUCCCAAACGAGGGUACGGGAAGUCAUCGAGGCUUUGCUCAAUAAGUUCACAGUGGUGGACAACCCGGCAAAAUUUGCCCUGUUUGAGCGCUCCGAUAGGCAAAGCCAAGUGUCCAUGCGGAAACUGAGCGACGAUGAACAUCCCCUCCGGCUGCGCUUGUGUGCAGGACCAAGUGAAAAAGUCUUAAGUCUGGUCCUCAAAGAGAACGAGACCGGCGAAGUGAACUGGGAUGCGUUCACUUUUCCUGAGCUGUGCAACUUCCUGCGUAUUCUACAGCGUGAGGAAGAGGAACAUGUCCGGCAGAUAGUGAGACGAUAUGCUCGUACCAGGGACAUGAUGAAGCAGGCCAUGGCGAAGAUUACUGCUCCUGCUUGAUGUUAGGGUCGAUGAUGGCGGGCAUUUAGAAAUGAAGGGUAAUUUAUCAGACUUAGAAAUGUUUUAAUAAAGUUUACUAAAAGGGGAGAGACAUUUUUUUGCUGACACACGCCAUUGUGAAUAGUUUAAUUGCAUUACUUUUUUUUCAGUGAACAAUGCUGCUUUGUUUAGAUUAUUUAUGUUUUAUCUCAUUGUAGUUGUGUUUUGAUUCUGGACAACACUCCUCGCAACUUGGCACUUUAGAGAACCUGUGGAAAUGUGUGCUUGUGUGUCUA